AAUGAAUAUAAGUUACUUUGACCUUACUCAAAAAGAUUUUUGAAAACUGUUUUUUUCAUUUUCGUGAUUUCGUUUAGUUACAUCUUGUUGCACUAAAAGUUCAAUUUAUUUUCCAAAAUGGCAUCUACAAAAUUUACAACGAUUGUAAGUAUAAUAUAUUAUUAUUAAUAUUGUUUCUGUUGAUUUAUAUUGACGGUUGUCAAUGUUCUAGGCGAGAUCUUUUUCAGCCGCAGCUCAAGGAAUGAUCAAAGUGAGUUCAUUAUUUAUCAUUUCAACCAACAGUGAAUUUGUAUUUAUAUUAUGUUAUGUCUUUGUUUAUUGUAUAUAGCCUCCGAUUCAAGUGUUUGGAAUUGAAGGGCGUUAUGCCACAGCUUUGUUUUCGGCUGGUAGCAAACAAAAUCAAUUGGAAGCCAUUGAAAAAGAUUUAGUCAAAUUUCAAGUUAAUAGUUAUUUUAUCUCUAGUUAGAUAUAUAUAUAUUAAACAAAUAUUAUUUUUUUAUAGACUGCAUUAAAAUCAGAUGGAAUCCUCAAGGAAUUUGUUGAAAACCCAAUAAACAAAAGGUCAUUAAAGGCUAAUACUUUACAAUUGGCAGCAAAGAAACUUGCAUUGUCUGCACCAACGUCCAACUUUUUGGGUAUGUUUAAUUCAUGUAGUUUGCUAAUGGUAAUAUGGUAUAUUAGUAUGAUAAUGUGAAAGAUUAAAUAUUACACCAUUAAUAUUUUGUAGUUACUAUAGUUAAUUAUCUUAACAUACUUAUAGCCAUACUAUACAAUUAGUAUUCUUUAAAAUAUUUUAUAAACUAAAACAUUAAUAUACCUACUUAUAUUUUGAAUGAAAAUUCUUUAUGAUAAUGUAUAUGAUAUUUAAACUUAAAACUAAUCAUAAAAAUUGUAAUUGUUUAACUUAAAAUAUUUAUUCAAUUAACCUGUAUUCAAAAAUUUGUUUUUGUCUAAAUACUAAUUUAUACAAGUUGAUUCUUUUUUCAUCUAUCAGCAAUUUUCUCAGAGAAUUUUAAAUAGAUUUUAUGUCAUGUUUUUUUAAUCAUGAAAUUGUUUAAGCUCUAUUUUAAAUUUGUUGUCCUUACUCCUUAUGCCUGAUCAAAUUUUUUAAUAUAGAAAUUAGUAGUAUACUAUUUUAAAAAUAUAUCUUAUUGUCUGAGACUUCUCGUGUACAGUUUACAUGUCUGUAUAAUUUGAGUGAUUUGUGUGUAUAUCACUAUUUUGAUUUGAAUAAGUCCUACCAGAAACCUCUAUUCACAAAGCUUUUUAACCAUUCAAAACCUUCCUGGGAAUAUCCCAUUUUGGUCCUUAAUUCAUCCCUUUAACGUCCCUCGCCAUUGGGAAGCAUUUUGACCUUAAGGUCACAUACCCCAUUUUUUCCCUUGCUGUUGAAAAGCAUGUCUGAUGCCCCACACUGCUUUUCUUGUGUUAGUAUUAAAUGAAAACAUUUAUUUUUGUAGUUUUUUAAAACACGUUUCCCCAGCAUUCCCAAUUCUUAUCCUUAUCUGCCAAAUCACAGUUAACUGUUGUUGCUCAUUAUAUAUAAAAUAUAAUAGUUUCCUUCGCGAUAACCAAAUUUCAUGUCACCAAGGUAAACUAUAAAUCAACAAAUUAAAUUAAAUUUUAAUUCCAAAAAUCCUAUGGCAGCUAUCCUUUGGGGAGUGUAAUCUUCGAGUUUCUUAUUUCAGUUUUAUUGGUUGUUCAUUAAUACUUAGUCAGAACAAAACCGCUUAAAUAUAUAUUUAUAUAUAUAUAUAUAUAUAUAGAUUUUAUUUCAUUUUUUUAAAAUGUCUGUUAAUGUGUUUAGGCUUGUUGGCUGAAAAUGGAAGAAUUAAAAACCUAAAUUCAAUCAUUAACAGCUUUAAAAUCAUUAUGGCUGCCCACCGAGGAGACUUGUCAUGUGUAGUAACCACUGCAAAAGUAAUUUAUUUAAUUUAGUUUAUAUACGUUUAAGAUAUUAUGUGCAUAAUUAAUUGGAAUUUACUUUAUACAUUUUUAAAGGAAAUGUGAAUUGGUUAAUAAAAAUAAUUGACUAAAAAAAUAAAUAAAAACAUGUCAUGGUCAUGAAUAUACUAUAAAUUUAAAUUGGUUUACAGCCUUUGGAUUCAGCUGAUCUACAGGAGCUUAAAAAGACACUGCAAGCAUUUGCCAAGAAAGGGGAGACUAUUAAGAUUGAAUUGAAAGUUGAUCCAACCAUAAUUGGUGGAAUUGUUGUCAGCAUCGGUGACAAAUAUGUUGAUAUGAGUGUUGCUACAAAAAUUAAGAAAUAUACUGAAAUCAUUCAAGAUGCUGUUUAAAUUUGUACAUCAAAUUACUAGUCUGGUACCGGUUAUUUUCUUAUAGAAUAAAAUUGAAUAUGUUUAGAAUGUACUCGUUUUAUAAUUACAAAACUUGUUAUUUAAUAACAAAUAAACAUAAUUAAAUGUUU